UCAGUUAAAUUCAAACUCACCGCCCUCUCCGCCUUCGACGGCGCAUCGCGCCUGGAGUGCUGGGCUCUCGACUCGAUUCCCAAGAUAGGUCGAGGUGCAGCAAACUAUGACAUAGGCAAUUUCUCAAACGCAUUCAUUGGCAUUCUUCCACCCCGAACCUACGCAAACUCGACAAUAAGCCAUGCGACGGUCGUGCAGUUCUCCAUCUUCCUCUCCGGCCUCGCACACAUCCGUAUCCCCAACUCCACACUUCCAGCUUCUGAAUCCGAGGCAUGGAUCCGGGUGGGAAAUAUAGGUUUUUGCUUGCAGCAGACACACCUAACAGAGCGCCGAGAGCGGGCCAUAUUACCGAGUUUCCGGGGCAGGAUGAGACGGUGAUUCUGCAAUUUCCGACGGAGGGGAACAGGAUUCCACCGCAUGAGUUACUGCAUGCGGGACCGUGUAGGUUGGAUGAGCUUGUGGGGUUGUGAGUCGGUUGACGGCUUCGUGGUGCGGAAAUGAAACUUCGGGAUAGAAGCAUUUCGAUGUAGGGGUCGAAUGGUCAAACUUUUUGUCCUAUCCACAUAUUUACAGCCUGAGGUUCUCUAUACGAAACGCUAAAUAGACAUCGACACCGAAACUCCAGAGGAUAGCGCGCAUUGCACGACGUGGGAAGCCCCUCUAUGAUGGCUAGGGCGAGAUCAGGAUCAACACACGCUG